UUCCUUUACAUGCAACAGAUUAAGAUUGCAGAUUUCAACAGUGUCGACUAGACCCGCUGAUGAAAUAAGUUGUGUCCUGAUUGUUUAAACCGUAGUCAUUGUUUCGAAAUGUCCAGUCUCGUAGAUGGAAAACUGGCACUUGUUACUGGUGCUGGAAGCGGCAUUGGAAGAGAAGUAUGUCGAGUUUUAGCUCGUGAAGGCGCAAACGUUGUCGCAGCCGAUCAGAAUAUCAAAGCUGCUCAGGAAACUGUUGCUUAUUUAGAAGGAACUGAACAUAUUGCAUUGCAUAUUAAUGUUGAGGAUCGAAACAGUGUCGAAACUGCGUUUAAAUAUGUCAUGAAACAAUUUUCAAAGCCUCCUACUAUCAUUGUUAAUUCGGCAGGCAUCGCGCGGGAAAUGUUUUUGAUAAAGUUCGAUGAAAGUAAUUUUGAUGAUAUCAUUAAUGUCAACUUAGAAGGUACCUUUUUAGUGACGCAAACUGCUGUUAAAGCGAUGAUAGAAGGAAAUGCAACCGAAAAUUCUUCAAUUAUCAAUAUAAGUUCGAUUCUUGCUAAACAUUGUAACUUCAUUGGACAUAGUAUUUAUUGCGCGUCAAAAGCUGGAGUGAUAGCUAUGACAAAGUGCGCUUCGUUGGAGUUUGGACAGUUUGGAAUUCGAGUAAACGCAGUAUUGCCUGGUCUUAUAAUCACUCCUAUGACUGCAAAUAUACCUGGCGAAACUAUGGAAAUGUUGAUAAAAAAUGUACUAUUACAAAGAGCCGGAAAGCCAGAAGAAGUAGCAGAGGUUAUCGUGUUUUUAGCUUCUGAUAGAAGUUCUUAUAUAAAUGGAGCCUCUAUUGAAGUUACUGGAGGAAUAAAUUAAGAUUGAAUUAAGUUUUACUAUUCAUAUAUACAUAUACGGGAGAUCGGAGUAAAAGUAGCAUUUUUUGUAUUAUAAGUCACUAAUUAAUUAUCCUUAAAAAUAUAAAAAAAGAUUAUAUGUUAAGAAACUCCAUUUAUUGCUCUAUUAUUGUAUCCAUGUUUCAAUCUCAAAUGAUAAAUAUUUAAAGAGUUAUUAUAGCUUUUUGCAAGUACGUUGAUUGUUACUUUUGUCCUGGGGACUGGGGACGAAAGUAACAUAGUCUGGGGAUGAAAGUAACAGUUCUUAUUUUCGGGAAAAUAAAAUAGGUAUGACUUUUUUCAAUUUAAGACAACUUUUAUUAUA